AUGGACCACAUGCUAGGUGGUCACUCUACGGGCUCCCCUGCACCGGCGUCAUCAGCAUCAUCCGUCGCGCAACCUGUUAGCGCUAGGUGUGGUCAUCGCCCCCCUAGCACGACCGACACAACCUCGAUAGACGGUACGGGUGCGUCAGCGUCACAACCAGCCAAGAAGAACACCCGGGGGCCUUGUCGGCAAUUGAAGAUGGAGAAGGUCACUCGGGUGACCAAUAGUCGUAUCAACAUCGGAUACGACGAGAGGCAUUGGGCUGCAGCAAUGGUGAAAUUGCAUAGCUCAUUAGCCCACGACAUUGGUCACGUUGUUCGGGCCCAUUGCCCAAUGAAAUGGAAGUCUUGGAAGGUCAUGCCUGACGAGACGAGGAUGGAGACCAACUACAAUUUAGAAGACCUCGACGACGAGUUGUUGACGUACGUCAACAGACUCUUUGGUGAGAGGUACAAGCAGUGGAAGAGCGACUUGCACCACCAUUUUAAGACAUUUGAUGAUUUGCAGGUCGCUCUGCAUGAGGGUUGCCCACAGGAGCUUGAGGGCCGGGAGGAUAGUUGGGCGUGGCUCUGCAGUCAUUUUCAGGAGGGUGAUUAUUUGAAGAAGGCCCAAGCAAAUAAGGGCAAUAGGAACAAGAAGACUCUUCUACACCAUUCAGGUUCCAGGCCCUUCUCAUAUAGGAUAGAUGCACGACGACGGGAGGGGUCUAAAUUCCUGGAGAUCGACGUCUUUGGCGACGUUUAUGUUCGACCUGGGAAUGAGUUGGCUGAGUCCCUUCAUAAGUCCGCCUCCCAACUUCCUCUCGAUACUCCGCUCGAGUCUGUGGAUCCUCCACAUGAUGCAGGGUUUCAGAUCCUAACUGAGACCUUGGAUCAGACUCUCAGGAGGAGGCCAGGGACAUAUUGUCGAGGGAUGGGGAAUGCCCGCCGGCGGGAACCUAGAGCUCGUUCCUCAUUAUAG